CUGUCGUACCGGAAGAAACAAACCGGCUUCUCCAGACUCUUGGUCACGUGCCACGCGCUCCCCUGAGAGCACUUCCGGUGGUGUUUCCUGUGUUUGUAAACUGGGAGAAAAAAAAAAGAACUCCGACGACAAAUAUUCCUCUUACAGAAACGGAAGUGCGACGCUCUCUGUCCCUCCGACCCACCCAUUACACAUCAGUGCAAUGUCACAGCUUUCCAACAACCCAGUCCGAGAGCACAUGAAAUGGGCUGGGUUGCUGGGCUGUGAGGCAGUGCUCUCCAGUAUGGCUCUGGUGCAGGCCAGUUCUCCAGCCAGCCAUAAAAAGAUGACGUCUCCACUGAGCCAGAACCACAACCACAGUCACAACCAGGAAGCCCACAGUCACCACAGUCACAUGGUGCUGCCGUCUGGAGUCAGCUGCUCACCCAUGCUCAUUAAUAAGGAUAGAGAGUUCCACUCUAACCGGCUGCUGGAGGAGAAGGACAUGCAUGCGAGCCAGAACGUGCCGUCAAAGAAGAAAAACAGGAAGUCAGGAACACCGUCCAAAGUGAGAGAAAAAGUGCAGGUGGAGAUACCUGAACCAAGCGAUGACGGUUCUCUUAACUCCCACGUACAGAAGAACUUCAUCUGCGAGCACUGUUACGGAGCGUUUCGCAGCAGCUACCAUCUCAAACGCCACAUCCUCACUCACACAGGUGAGAAGCCAUUCGGGUGCGACAUGUGCGACAUGCGGUUUAUUCAGCGCUACCACUUGGAGAGACACAAACGUGUGCACAGUGGGGAGAAGCCUUAUCAGUGUGACCGAUGUCAACAGAACUUCUCCAGAACAGACCGGCUCUUGCGGCACCGGCGCAUGUGUGUCGUCGGCAUCCCAAAGGAGGAGGACACGUCGUGCUGUGACGGUCGAUCGUUUUCACAGGAACCUGCACAGCAGUCAUGGAGCCCCCUACAGGCCAACAGCAGCAGCAGCCAGCUUGCCGUGUAACCGCUUUCCCAAGCAUCCCUUCAGCUCUGUGAAAGCAGGGUGGACUCGUGCACAGCCACUCGGGAUCACUUCACUGCAUCAGACUGAUGCUGGACACUCUGGGAAAAGACUCACUUCAACUCUGGCAUAUUCAGCUGUAUUUCCAAGCUGAUUUGACUUGAGAAGGGAGGGAUUUUUGUAGUAUUUUCUAUAGAUGCAGUCAGCCUCUGGGAGGGUUGGCGUAGUUUUUUACUGCACAGGCAUUUUUUUUACUCUGUGCACAUAACGAGUCCUGUAGAGGAGAAAGGAGUGGGUUAUAUGGCUAUAUGUCCUAUCCUAUAUCCUUUAUUACUAUGGAGGGGUUCACACACACACACACACACACACACACACACACAAGACGGUUUAAAAAACAAAUCACAGAAAACAGCUCUUCAGCCGUUGUCACGUGUGGCCUUGUGAUAUUUCCACCGUUUUUUUAAUAGUAUCAAGUCAAGCAGGAAUUAGUGACAGAGGUGCUAGGCUACAAGACCCUGCCUUCAUGUAUGCACCAUUCAUACACCGACAUUCAUUUAUUUAACAAAUUAAUAUCAGAAAUAUCAAAGAUAGAUUCUGUGUUUUAUUUUAUUUUUAUUUUUUGAAAGAAUACUUAGAGUUACAGUCAUGAGUGAAUCACGUACACAUUAUAUAGCUGUCAGCACUAAAACUAAGCAGUCGUGCAAAUUCUAUUCAGUAUUUUCUAUUACGAUGUGAGAAAACAACGGUGGAAAGUUUUAAGUGUUCAAUGUCGCUGUUCAUGCAAAAUGUCACAGCUCGACUUUGUGACCCGAUGAACGGGGUACGUGUCGGCUUUGACACGAGGUGGACGAUAAGUCAAUUAACCUGUUAAUGACAGAUUCGCAAAGCAAGCUGCUAACAGGAUAAGAAGUAACGGUUUCUUCCAUUUUUGUGCAUCAAACUGUAAAAUUGCAUGCGAGUAACUGUAGAAAAGUCAGCAGACCAGCUGGAAAUUAUUCAAGCCAGUUUCUGCGUCUGUCGGUCGUCUCUUGACAUCAGUGCAGUGAAUGUAGAAAACAACAUCGUGGUCUGUUGCUUUGUCGCUCGCUAGCUAGCGUAAAAAUAGGGUAAAUCUCAAUGACAAAUAUAUUUCCCAUUAAAAUCCGUUUUUACCUCAAGACAGUUUAGAAAAAUUAGGAUCUUAACGGUAGAAGUAGUAGUUUUACAUUUAGCCGUGGUUUCAUUACGCAUCACUGAUAACUGCUUUACCUUAACAGUUCUUGUUUUUUUUCCAUCCACAUUCACGAUAGUGUCAAAGUACAAACAAAGCGUGUCCUUGCAGUAUCGUCUACAGGUCUAGGACUUGUGGAGACUCUCUUAUCCAGAGUGACUAAGAUAAAGUGGUCCACUAUGAUGCAAGCCUCAGUGAAAUGCAUUUCUGUACAUUUCUGUGUGUAGAACUCUUAUUUUGGAGGCCAGAUUAGAAAAGUAUGAACCCGUGUGUGAGAGUGUGUUUUUAUUUUGUUUGUUUUUGGUUACUUUUUUUUUUAAACUCCUGAUGCUGUUUAUAGAAAUUUUUUGGGACUCAAACACUGGAUCGGCAAAGUAAGGCUAACGGUGUGUGUGUGUGAUUUUAGCAUUUAGUCUUUUUUUUAUAUACGGACCAGUAGUUCCUUAGAAAUCCAGGUACUACAGACUUUAAACACUGAACACGGACUACAUGCAGAUUGAUUGAUUGAAUCUUAUUCGAUUUUGUUUUUAUUUUUGAAAUAAUUUUUUUAGACGGCUGCAGCUGUUAACUAGUAGCCAUGUUGUUUUUUUAAUUGUGUUUUAAUUUUUUUGUUUUGUUUUUAACAAGUAGAUUUGCAUGAAGCUCAGUUUCUCAAACAUAUUGUAUCGUGCUGUUAAAUAAAGAAAAAAAUGCGUUUUAUGUAUUUUUUUUCUUUUCUUUUUUUCUUCUUCUUUUCUCAUGCGCAAAACAUGCACACUAAAAUCCUUCUCACCCAUCUGGGCUCUGUGUAGUGAGUGAAAUUUUAGGUUCUCAGAAAACAAUAAAUGGUUUUCUUUUUCCAGA